AAUCUCCAACCCACAUAUUUCCUCUUAAAUACUACAAGUAUGAUGAGUUCUGUCACAUGUUCAUCGGUUGUUCGGCCAAACCAAAAAUGAAACAUUCUUUUGGAUCUGUGACAAGUGUGACAAGCAACCUGGAUCCAAUCAUAUAAAAGCAGCAAGACAGCGGAACCUUUCUGCAUCGUACAGAGGAGACCGGCCGUUCUGUUCUGGCUGCUGCUGUGCUCUGCAACAGACUUAAAACUACAAGGAAUACCACUUCUGAAGCAUUAAAUCUCAAUCAAGCCUUUUUAACCUCCACCGCAAAGAUGUGCUGUGAGUUUGGUGAUCUGAAAGCACAGAUAGCAGCUUUAGAAACUAAGCUACAGGACAGUCAAAACCAGAUUGCAGCUCUGAAGAGCAAAGAGAGAAAAAAGGUGGUCUUCAGUGCAGAGGUAGGCCCGAGAGGAAACAUCGGACCUUAUGGCUCAGAGACGACAAUCGCUUACCAGAAAGUGAUCACAAAUGUAGGAAACUCCUACAAUUCAUCAACAGGAAUUUUCUAUGCACCUUAUGCUGGAAUUUACUACUUCACCAUCUUCCACCAUGCUGGAGGACGUCCCGGGACCGAGCUGUUCCUCUACAGGAACGGCCAGCGUGUGGUGCAAACGCAGAAUCACCCAGCGGUUCACGAGUCAGCUCAUAAUGGAGGGAACGCCGUGUUCCUGCAGUUGAAUCAAGGAGACCAGGUGUAUGUGCGCUUGGGUCCAAACCAGCACGUGUACGGCUCUGGAUACCACACGACCUUCAGCGGUUUUCUGGUCGACAUGUGAGAGCAGAGAAGACGGCAGCUGCCACUAUGAUGAAAUCAUUUUCUUCUGACAUGUUUAAUCUGAAAAUGAGUCCUUGACUAAAGUUUUUCAUGUCUGUGCUAUGGUGGGUUUCUUGUUACAAUCUAGUACUGUGUGGUGGCAGUUGAUAAUCUUGAUGCAAUUUUAUCCUUAGGAGCUUUGAAUGGAUAUAAGACAAGUAUACACAAAGAAAAGCCAAUGCCUGCAGAUAAAACCUGUAGAUAAACCAUGUAAGUUCAAAAUAAAGCUUAACUUUACCAAAUGUUGUUACCUCAUGUGUAGCUACAUAAAAAUGAACCAUUUUGAUCAAUAAAGUGAGAAAUGUCAAGCACA